AUGUCUUCGCUUGAAUUUCCUUCGCCUCCUUCGACUCGCGCAUCUUCGGAACAUGACAUCGAGAUGAUCCACAUGGAGGAGGUUGCUGUCACACCGCGACCUGAGCAGAACGGCCAUAGCCACCACGUGAAGUACGAACAUGAAGAGAACGACGAAGACGACGAAGACGAAGACGAAGGUGCCCGUGCCUUGCUGGGCUCUCGUGCGUCUCAUGAUCGACCCCGCGGGCGGGAACGGUUGGACGAGGAUGACACGGGCAAAUGGCUGCAAGUGAAAGGGAUCGUGAUCGAGACAGCCCCUACCCUCCUGCUUACUACCCUGGGCCUGCUGUUUACCGGCGAGCUGCUGGACCAUGUUGCACAUUGGCGGGCCAUGAAACGCGUGAACGAACUGCUUAUGAUCAUUCCCGUGAUCCUGAACCUCAAGGGUAACCUCGAGAUGAACCUGUCUGCGCGUUUAGGAACCGCGGCCAACAUGGGCGAGCUAGAUUCUCCCGCCGCUCGAAGGUCGCUCAUACUGGGAAACCUCACCCUACUCCAGGUGCAAGCGACUGUGGUAUCAUUUGUGGCGGCAAACGUAGCGUUCCUUCUCAGCUUCGUCAUGCCCGCGGUUGAUCCUCCCGUCACGCUUCCCGGCACCUCAAAUGAUACGCUGGCCAUCCCUGACCCGGAUGUGUCCACCAACGCGACCUUGUUCAUGCCUCUGUUUGCACGAGUCCCGCGACCUGGCCAAAGGCCGAUCAACGACGGCCACCCGAGGUCCGGCCUGGCGGAAUACGUGAUGGUGACCUCCACUUCUAUGUCGGCUGCGUGCCUGUCAAGUCUCAUCCUGGGCUCCUUCAUGUGCGGCCUCGUGGUGCUCUGUAGGCGAUUCGGCCGGGAUCCAGACAACAUUGCACCACCAAUAGCAGCAUGUCUUGGAGAUCUUGUCACGCUCUGUCUCCUCGGUCUGGUCUCAUCGAUCUUCAUCUUCGUCAUCAACACGCCUUUCCCAUUCGUGGUCACCAUAUUACUCAUGCUCUCCGCAAGCGCGUGCGUCGGAUUCACGCGCCGGAACGACUCUGUCAAGCACCUUCUCGGACAGGGUUGGUCGCCCUUAUUCGGGGCGAUGGUGAUUAGCAGCGGGUCCGGUAUAGUGCUCGACCUCUUCGUCAGCAGAUAUGAAGGUUUCGCGCUGUUGGCGGUGGUGAUCAGCGGCCUUCCCGGUAGCACGGGCUCCGUGUUCGUCUCGCGGCUAUCGACUGCAUUGCACGCUGCCGCCGCGUCGGCAGGUGCGCUUCCCACGUCGUCGAAACUGGGCACUCGGCAGCCUAGCCCGCGGCUGGUGAUGCUCACGCUGCUCCUGGUAACGUUCCCGGUCGAGCUUGUGUUCCUCGGGACGCUCCGCGCCCUUGGCUGGCUGCGACCGCCCGUCCUGUUCGUGGCUUUCUCGGUGCUUUUCUUCUGCAUCGCCGUUUCGGUAUCUUUGCUUCUCGCACAGGUGCUCACGAAUUUUCUGUGGUCGAAGAAUCUUGACCCGGACAUGUACGCGAUGCCGAUACACUCGGCGCUCGUCGAUCUUGUAGGACAGCUUCUGCUCGUCGUGUGUUUCGAGAUCGUGUCGAAAUUGGGGGCCGACGUGCGAGCUCCACAAGGAGGGUGA